GAAGGCAGGGCAGCGGCUGACAGGCAAAGUGGUUACGUUCUGUGAGGCCCGGGAAAGCCAUGUACACUUAAAAUAAGGGGAAUGUGCGAAGGGAAAGGGGAGCGAAGCAUCAAUUAUGUACGUGUCCGGGGGUAGGUGGAAGAAUGCCCGGUUCUGUCCUGUAUCCUGUUCUGUUACCGAUUCUGUGGACAGGCACGAUGAGAAGCCAAGGAGGGUUUGUCCUGUUCGGGCUCCUGCUCAUGCUGGCUGUCCUCUGCCAUUCAGGUUAUAGCCUGAAAUGCUACAGCUGUAUUAACCCAAUGCCUGAAUGUACUACAAUCAGCAACUGUACACCUAAUUUUGAUGCCUGUCUCCGUACAAAAGCUGGGCCACGGAUAUAUCACCAGUGUUGGAAGUUUGCAGAUUGCAACUUUGACCGCAUUUCACAACUCUUAGGGGAAACUGAUCUACAGUACUACUGCUGCAAGUCGGACCUGUGUAACCAUGAGAAAGAUCAAAGCCAUGGGACCACCUUAUCAGGGAAAACAGUUUUUCUGCUGGUGACCCCGUUUCUGGCAGCAGCCUGGAACUUUUAUCUCUAAACCAACCCCAGGAGGGAUUCUAAACUACUCCUUCACCACCACCACCUUCUUCCCCAUUUCCUUGCUGCUGCGUGACAAAGGCUUUAUAUUUUCCAAUGCCAUCCUGUUGGGAAGGAAUAAAACAGCUCAAGUAUCUUGGGUCAGUGAGAGAGGGACUCAGAGACCUUGAAGACCAGUCCUGUUUGUAGGGAAGCUCCACUUGAGGGAGAAGUUUAAGAGUGAAACAGGUGUGACUUGAACUAGGUUACCUGCUUUCUUCCUCUGCUCUCUGGAGGCCCAGCUUUGCAGUGACAGCUUGCGUAGCUUCUCCAUGACCCUCAGGUUCCUUGGAUGUGUUAAAUAGUAUGGUUAGCAUCUGGGAGGGAUGGUGCCAGGGGGAUUCUUUCCAACAGUUCUCUCUCACAGGGAACCUUUCUUAAGCUUUAUGGCUUCUGUGUUACUAUGGUAGCACAACAGAUGUUCCAGAGGUGGGCUGUCAGGUCAACAAGACCAGAGCUAGAAGAUGUCUGGCAGGGCAGGAAGGAAACAUCCUAGAUGGCAGGGCAUGAAAAUGUAAAAUCUAUCAUUAGACCAGUACCAGUAGCUGUAAUUUAAGUUUUCUUGUCUCUAAAUUUUGUAUGGGCUUUGUUGUCUUUCACUGAAACAAUGUAAUAGUGUAAAUUAAUGGUAUGUUAAAGCUAUUCCCCUGCCUUUUUUUGUUGUUGAAUCAGUGGGAUAUCUUGGCUCUGGCAUACACAAUUAAAAAAUGUAUCUACAUAUGA